GGAGGUUGGCCCCGGUUCCGCUUACGUCAGGAGCAGCAGCUAAAGCUGAAGGAGUCCUGUGGCACAUCGGAGUGGACAGUGAGGACACUGUCUCUGUGCACCCACAGCGCCGUUUCACUGAACCCAAGCCGAGUGUGAGCCGUGCGGAGCCGCGGAGGGAGCCAUGGCGGGACUGGGCAGCGCGGGCCGCCUGCUUCACUGUGUUCGAAGCAAUGUCCAGCUCUGUGUGAGGAGACGCUCCACUGCUGCAGCUUUGGCCCAGACUGCAGCUCCAGACACACAGGAGAACAGAAAGCCGAAGACCGGGAUCCUGAUGCUGAACAUGGGAGGCCCUGAGAAACUGGAGGACGUCCAUGACUUCCUCCACAGACUCUUCAUGGACACAGACCUCAUGAAGCUCCCAGUACAAAAUAAACUGGGCCCCUUCAUCGCUAAACGCCGCACCCCAAAGAUCCAGGAGCAGUACAGCAAGAUUGGAGGUGGCUCUCCCAUCAAGCACUGGACUUCCAUGCAGGGGGAGGGCAUGGUCAAGCUGCUGGACCACAUGAGCCCCGAGACAGCUCCUCACAAGUUUUAUAUCGGGUUCCGCUAUGUCCACCCUCUGACGGAGGAGGCCAUCGAGCAGAUGGAGAAGGAUGGGGUGGAGAGAGCUGUGGCCUUCACCCAGUACCCGCAAUAUAGCUGCUCCACCACAGGCAGCAGUCUGAAUGCCAUUUACCGUUACUAUAACAACAGAAGUGAGCGACCCAAAAUGCGCUGGAGCGUCAUUGACCGUUGGCCCACACACCCGCUGCUUGUUCAAUGUUUUGCAGAACAUGUGAAGAACGAGCUGCAGAAGUUCCCAGAAGACAAACGAGACGACGUUGUUAUUCUGUUCUCCGCCCAUUCUUUGCCUCUUGCUGUGGUGAACAGGGGGGAUCCGUACCCUCAGGAGGUGGGGGCCACAGUGCAGAGGGUCAUGGAGAGACUGGACUACUGCAACCCUUACAGACUGGUGUGGCAGUCCAGAGUGGGCCCCAUGGCGUGGCUGGGCCCUCAGACUGACGAGGUGAUCAAAGGUUUGUGUGAGCGUGGUAAGAAGAACCUACUGUUGGUGCCUAUCGCCUUCACCUCGGACCACAUUGAGACCCUGCACGAGCUUGAUAUCGAGUACAGCCAGGUUCUGGGAGAGGAGUGCGGUGUGGAGAACAUCCGGAGAGCAGAGUCUUUGAACGGAAACCCACUGUUUAUGAAGGCACUGGCAGACCUGGUCCAGUCCCAUCUGAAGUCCAACGAGUCAUGCUCCCGUCAGCUGACCUUGCGCUGCCCCCUGUGCACCAACCCCACUUGUGAGCAGACCAAGGCCUUCUUCUCCCAGAAGCUCUCCUAACAGUCCCCAUGAGGGCCACUGGACUCUCCCAUCCCAGGGCCCACCCAGCACCCACAAAUGUCAGCACUCUUCUACAGAUAUGAUUCUUCUGCACCAGGAACAAGCUCGAGAAUUGGAGAAACGUCUUAGUUCAGAUAUUGCAGUUGGCUAUUGAAUUCUCUCAUUGAGCUUCUUAAUCGGACAAAACCAUAGAUACCCACUUUUGUUAAAUGCAGAUGCUAACAAUGCUCUUUCCGCUGCUGGAGUUGGAUUGGACUUGAGCUAAACAAGGGGUUUCUUUCACAUUGCAGAAUUUGAUAAUGUCAUUGUUUAAGACGGAGGGUAGUGUCUUAUAUAACUAUAUUGGAGAUUUACUGUUAUUGAAAGAAAUGUCUAAAUUUAUGAUCCACAAAUGUUGAACCAUAUAAUUAUUUGUUUGGGAUUGGCUCCACAAACUUGUCAUAUUAAUCUUAUGUCUUAAAAUCCUUUCAACUGACAAUAAUCACUUUUUUGGGGUUGAAUAAUAGUACCACUUUUCUUUUAUACUAACUGAGAAGACAUUGAACUUUGUGCCAGUUUUUGUUUCUUGUGUAUAGGCCCAGUAAUUAGAGACUUUAACAAAUUUGUUGACCUGGUUUAUAGUUAAAUGGCAAAUUUCACCAUAGACUUCUGACCUGUCCUCAGCUCAGUUUAAACUAUAGGGACUCUACAGUGUUGUGAACGCAGCCUAUUGGUGAGGAUAGUCUGCUGACAGGACUGUAUCAAUGCCAUUUGAUGGUAAUAGAAAAAACUAAAUGUGAGAAUCUAUGUUUUUAGCUUUGCUUUUUUAUAUAAGUCAUUGAAACGCACAAAAUGGCAGAAAAAUGUAAGAAUAUAAAAGCGCUUGUUAUGGCAUUUUUAGUUUGGUUUAAAUUCAAAUGUCCCUGUGUCCCUGGUUUCUUGUUACUGUUGGAAACGAGAGUUGAACUGCACUGCUUUUGAUUUUGUGAACGACUACUACUGAAUAUCUAGUGUAUUUAUGGGGUUUAGCUGCCUGUUAAAGGUUGAGGACUUUUUUCCAAUUCAAAGGCUAUAAUAUUUUGUUUCAAAUUGUUAAUCUCUAUGGCAACAGCCCACAUAUGAAUAGGUGUGCGCUUUAUAACCAACCAUAGAGAAGAGACAUGUUUCAUGGUAUGUGCCUUUCACUACACACACACUGUAUCACUGUUUAAAGAUGAAUUACACAUUGUAACAGUAGUACAGGCUCAAUCUUGUUUUGAAAUAAUUGUUUUAAAGGUGCAUUAUGUAAAGUUUCUAGUGGGUGGUCUACAAAGUUAUAUACAGUAAAUAUUUUUGGUAAGUAGCUAUUCCAGGCUAUGCCUGUAAUGUUCCACAGUUGGGAUUGACUUGUCCAUCUCGCAAAUGCGGACUCUCCACCAGAAAAGUUCCAUAGUACACAGAAAUAGCAUUUAAUACUUAAACUAUAUUCCAUAAACAAGUUUAAACUUAAUAUACAACAAUGUUACGGCUGUACCAAUUUACUUUUUCUAAAUGAUAUAACAGCCUGUAGUAACUACACAAUCAGCAUUAGAUUUAAUAUUUUUAAUUGGUGCAUACUCCUACUUGAAAUGAAUGUAAUGUGUGCAGUUUUGAUAUUACAACAACAGUGAAGUCCUGUCUUUGCUUUUGACCUGGUGCUGCUUUCAACCUAGGGGGCGCUGUAUUUCCUCUGAGACACUGAUCUCUGUACUGUUGUUCAGAUCAAAGCCACAUGUCUUUAUUAGAAUAAUUUAUUUGUUUAUGUAUGAGCACGUUUGGAAAUGUGACUUUUGGCCCUCCAGUCUUCCUUCAACAAAAUGACCCUAAAACAUCAG